UAAAGCGUUGCUACGGAGCGCCGCUGUACCCAAGGCGAAGAGUCUCAGGUGCUCGACGUUUAUCCAUGUGGACGACCCCGCGAGAAAACUGCGGGAGCCUGAUCCUCACAAGGACCUUCAGCUUCAGGCGUUCUCCAUUAUGCUGUGCAGCCUCGGCGCCCGCCAAGACAAAAUGCGUUACCCUGCCGCUGUCUCUGCUGUGUCAUUCUUAUUGGGCCAGACGGGCUCGCGAGGGAGCGUUAGUCGACUAGAGGGAGGCGACUGCGCCCGUGCAUACCUGCCGCUUCAGUCUUCCACUACGUCAAUAUCAUGGAUUCUCGCCCCGAGCUUCCACCGGUUCUGGGCCACACUUCGGAUGCUCACUCCACAACCUGCGUACGAACGAACUCUGAAGCUAUUGAAUGUAUCACCGGCCGCCCGGUGGUUUUGAUUUGGCCGACGCUUGUCCUAGCAAACGGCACAUCUCUCUCAGCACGGUAGUUGCUCGCCGCGUUUACUUGAA